AUGGGACGAAGGCAACCCGCCAUGGUGACCCGCGUUCUCUGGAGCGUCCAGCACUCAAUUGCUCACCCUCCCGCGGCGGAGGUGCGACCGCUGCUAGGAUUUUGCGUUGGGCGGGGUGGUCUUGCGGUUUGUCGAACAUUCACCACCAGCAGAGCGCGGUGGUCGGCCCCGGCGCAGACGGUGAAAGGAGGAGGAGCGUCCAAGGUAUUUGACUCGGCCGACUCGGCCGUAGCCGACAUUAAGAGCGGCUCGACCAUCCUGAGCUCGGGUUUCGGCCUGUGUGGCGUCCCUGAGACCCUAAUCGCGGCGAUCGAACGCCGUGGCCCAUCCCUCCAGUCCCUGACAGCCGUAUCGAACAACGCGGGGAAAGAAGGCCUGGGCGGCCUCUCCGUCCUGGUCAAGUCGGGCCAGCUAGAGCGCCUCAUCAUUUCUUUCCUGGGUAACAACAAGAUUCUCGAGAAGAAGUACCUCACCGGUGAGAUUGGCGUCGAGCUGUGUCCGCAGGGUACUUUGGCCGAGCGCAUCCGGGCCGCGGGUGCUGGCAUCCCUGCUUUCUUCACCCCGACGGGAGCCCACUCGCUGCUGCAGACCGGCGACAUCCCCGUCCGACUCGACGCGACUGGCAAAGUCCUUGAGCGCGGCAGGGAGCGUGAGGCGAGGGAGUUUAAUGGCAGGACAUACCUCUUGGAAAAGGCCCUACCUGGUGAUGUGGCCAUCCUACGAGCCUGGAAAGUCGAUGAGGCAGGGAACUGCGUGUUCCGAUACACGACCAAAUCUUUCGGCCCUAUCAUGGCCAAGGCCGCCAAGCUAACCAUCGUCGAGGCGGAAAAUAUUGUGCCCAUAGGAUCGAUCGAACCAAGCUCCGUCGACCUACCUGGAAUCUUCGUCGACCGCAUCGUUCCAGCUACCCAACCCAAGCUGAUCGAAAUUCUCAAGCUAGCUUCCCAAUCUUCUUCCUCGCCCUCGUCCACAACAAUCAGUGACGCCCAAGGUAAACGCAACCGCAUCGCUCGCCGGACAGCGCAAGAGCUGAAAGAAGGCUAUUAUGUGAACCUGGGCGUUGGUAUCCCCACGCUCGCCCCGUCCUUCCUCCCACCCGACAGGAAGGUUUGGCUGCAGUCCGAGAAUGGCAUCCUGGGAAUGGGCCCCUACCCCGCCAGCGAAGCCGAGGCCGACCCCGACAUCGUCAACGCUGGCAAGGAGACGGUGACGCUGGUUCCGGGAGCGGCCACCUUCGACUCGUCCGAGUCAUUCGGGAUGAUCCGUGGUGGACAUGUUGACGUCUCUGUUCUCGGCGCCCUGCAGGUCAGCGCCGCCGGCGACCUCGCCAACUACAUGAUCCCCGGCAAGGUCAUGAAGGGAAUGGGCGGCGCUAUGGACCUUAUCAGCAACCCCGAUGGCACGAAGAUCGUCAUCGCAACUGAGCAUGUGGCCAAGGACGGUAGUCCCAAGAUUGUGCAGAAGUGUAACUUGCCUUUGACUGGUGCCAAGGUCGUCAGCACCAUCAUUACCGAUUUGUGUGUAUUCCAAGUGGACCGGAAGGCAGGCACUUUGACAUUGACCGAGAUCGCGCCAGGUGUAAAAGUUGAGGAGGUCAGGGCUAAAACAGAGGCGAACUUUAUAGUUGCCAGCGAUUUGAAAUUGAUGGAGUAG